UUUGUGGUGUCGUGAGCCGUCGACAGUUCGAUUCGGUUUUGUCGUCGUUCAGCAACAGCCAGAUCACACAACCAAGCAACCAACCAGGCAAGAAGGCAAGACGGCACCGCCCAUCGCUUGCUUGUUGUCACAUCGCGCAUCAUCGGAGCGACGAUGUUCAGGGGCAAGUAUGAGCCGUAUGCGGAGCCGGCGCUGGCCACAAUCCGCGGCCUGCUGUGUGCGGGCGAAGAAGGCGACAGCAUGAAGCGCGUAGGCGUGGUUGCUGUGGCCAUUGCCAGCCAGAUGAGCCAUCUCCACGAGCACCGGCGCUUGUCACAGGCACUCACCAGCCCACCACCAACGCAGCAGCCCACACCACACAGGCACCAGCAGCCUGCUCAGCGACAGCCCUCCCGUGCACCAGCACGACCCACGCCACGAGCAGCCACAACACCCGCGCGCCCAGCAGAACCAGUGCCCAGCACCAGCACGAUCAGCGGCGGGGCUGGCGAUAUCGAUGACUCGCUCGUCCUGCGGCGCGCGAUUGAUCAAGCCGCAGCCACGUGGCACCUCACCCGUGAUGAGGAGGCCCUGCUGCAAGACGGCAGCGUGUAUGUGGACAAGAGCAAGUGGCAGUUUCUGUUCCAGGACGUGCAUACCCUCUGUGUCGGACCACAUGCACCGAGCCUCUACCUUGAUGUUGCCGCCACCUUUGCAGCCAAAGCCACCGUCAUUCGCACCGAACUGGCGCGGUCGGCUGAAGACGGGUUCUUGCUGCGGUACCGGGAGGCAUUCAGCAAAUACAGAGAUGCCAUCACUUACAUAGACAUGGCGUGCAAGUUCAUCAACGACAACCUACUGCACCAAGAUCGCGCCAAGAAGCAAACCCGUCUCUCAUCGUGGAACAGGGUCCAUGAUCUUGGCAUGAAAAUGUGGCGGGAGCGCGUGUACUCGCCGCUGAAGGACAUUCUCCUCACAGACGCCUUUAAAGAGGUGGCAAACGCGCGUAAGGGCCUGUCGACAAGCGAGCACACGCUGGCGGGCGUCCUCCAAUCCAUGCUGGACAUGUGUUCCGAUCUGGACCAGCCCGCCACCGUGUACACGUGCGACUUUGAGCAGCCGUUCCUGGCGACAACACGCCAGCAGUUUAUGGAGGAGAGCCGUGCGUUCUUGCAGGACCACGGCGCGCGUGACUACCUCAAGUGGGCGAGUGCACAACUCGACAGCGAGCUGCUUCGAAGCCGCGUUGUCCUGCGUCCACUGAGCCAGCCCAAGCUCCUGGACACAUGUGCAGACGCACUCGUCCGCGACCACCUCGACACAUUCACCACACACGCAAAGGCGAUGCUUGAGGAGGAGCAGGAGGAAGACCUUGGCCGGCUGUACGAUCUGCUCACGCGCACGGGCGAUGUGCAGAUGCUCACGUCCGAGUACACGCAGCACGUCACCGCCACAGGCACCGCCCGCAUGGACCAGCUCAAGCAAGCGCGCAACCUGACUGCGCCGACGUAUUUUGAUGCGAUGUGCAGCCUGCACACCAAGUUCAUCACGAUGGCACGAGACGUGUUCCGUGGCGAUCCCCUCUUCCUCGCCGCCCUCGACCGCGCGUGCACACUCGUCGCAAACUUCGACACAGCGAAGGCGCCGGAGUAUCUUGCCAAAGUGUGCGAUCAGACGCUGAAGCGUUCGUCAAAGUCGGCCAUCACAGAGGAGGAUAUGGACACGCGCCUCAAGCAGAUUAUCACCAUCUUCAGCUUCUUGCAAGACAAGGACGUGUUUCAGAAGUUUUACUCGCGGCACCUCGCGCGUCGCCUCAUCCAGCAGACAUCCGUCUCAGAGGAGGCUGAGCAAGACAUGAUUGGGCAGUUGAAGGCCAUGUGCGGGUUUGAGUUUACGAGCAAGCUGCAGCGCAUGUUCACGGAUGUGACCAUUUCCGGGCAUUUGGAGACGGAAUUCAAGUCUGCCGCCGCAUCCAGCGACGAGCCGCUGCCCACCAACAUGCACGUCCUCGUCCUACAAACAGGGGCUUGGCCUCUGAGUAGCUCGUCGGAUGUUGUGCUGCGUCUCCCGCCCGCCCUCGCAUCGUGUGCACAGCGCUUUGAGCAGUUUUACCAGGCGAAGCACACGGGCCGCAAGCUGACGUGGCUGUACAGCUACUCCACGGCGGAGAUGAAGGCCCGCCUGGCCAAGGUCUACGACUUUACCACCACAGCGUAUCAGAUGGCGGUGCUGCUGCACUUCAACCACGCGACAGAGGCGACGGUCGGCACGUUACAGGAACAGACGCAGCUAGCUGACACCACCCUCGCUCGCACGCUGUCGUCUCUCGUGGCGGCACACGUACUCAAGCCGCAGCAGGAAGGGCAGUCCCUUGCACAACCAGACGCCGCGGAUGUGUUCAAGCUGAACACGCGCUACAACAACAAGCGCACGCGUGUGCGCAUCUCGGCUGCAUUCCAGAAGGAAACGGCUGCUGUUGAUCGUCAGCACACACGCAAGGCCGUCGACGCAGACAGACACCUCUUCCUCAAGGCGACUGGCGUGCGCGUGAUGAAGAUGAGGAAGACGCUCCACUACAACGACCUUGUCCAGGAAAUUAUUGAGAUGAGCAAGAGCCGCUUCAAGCCGCCGAUUCCAGCCAUCAAGAAAUGCAUCGAGGAGAUGAUUGAUGAGCAGUACAUUCGCCGGGAGGACGGCAACCGCGCAAUGCUCUCAUACAUCGCUUGACGCCCCCGCUGUGUGUGUGUGUGUGUGUCGCCCUGUGCGCAACAACUUGCAGUAAACCAGUCUCCUCAAAGC